UUAUCUGCCUAUAACAGUAUAACUUGCAGCGACACUCGCCUGCAACCCUCGACUGCGCACAUCAUGGCCCAUAGUUACCGUAUCCUUGUAGCAUCGUACAGCAACGAUAUCUACUCCCUUUCAUUCGACCCAUCCACACGCUCAUUGACUCGCACUUCCUCCAUUGAAGCUGGCUUCCAUCCGUCAUGGAUCACCCAUUAUCCAGGCGAUAGCUCGCUGGUGUUCGCUUCUGUAGAGCAGGAAAAUGGCAAGAUCAUCGUGCUCAAAUACGACAAUAAUGCCAGGGGUAUUAUCGUAGCUGAAGCAUCCAGCGGAGGAGACGAUCCCUGUUCUCUUCUUGCAACCAAAGACCAGCUGUUGAUCGCGAAUUACUCCUCUGGACACGUCUCCUUUCUCCCGAUUGCCCCAGAGCCGCCAUAUAUUCUUAAGGAGACGCCAACAACAAUAACGCUCACAGGCUCUGGGCCUAAUAAAGACAGGCAACUAUCGUCGCACCCUCACCAGGUGUAUCUAAAUGAAGAGCACGAAGAAGUUCUCGUCCCUGACCUUGGCGGCGACCGCGUCUAUAGAUUCAAGAGGGAUCCCGCAGGAACCUGGACUCCUCAGAGCCACAUUGCCUACCAGCCUGGUGGAGGACCUCGCCAUGUUGCAUUUUACAACGGUACUCUCUACACCCUUCUCGAGCUUACCAGCACCGUAGUCUCUCAUCGCCUCCCGCCUCAACCGGCAGAGCCUUCCUUCGUUCGCACUGUAGAAACCAUGUCACAACCACCAUCCUUCCCCAGUGAUAUGCUCGCCGCUGAGAUUCUCAUUCCUCAUCCGAACGCAACCUUCCCAACACCCUAUAUAUACGUCUCGAACCGUAACGACCCUUCCCCCGGCGGGGACAUCAUCUCCAUUUUUUCCACAGAGGCGAAGUUCAUUGCUGAAGUGCGUUCGGGACUCAAACAUCUCCGAGGCAUGGCUUUUGGUGGGCCGGACGACAAGUGGUUAGUUGCUGGAGGCGCACUAGGAGGAGGGAUCAAGAUUUUUGAAAGGGUUAACGAUGGAAAAGGGUUGGUGGAGAUUGCGGCUAAUAAUGAAGCUGAAUCUCCUACCGGGUUUUUGUGGUUAUAACGUCCAUAACUUUCUGAGAUGAAGUGAUAAGAAUAUCAAGUGUGCACAGCCAUCAGCAUUGCCUAGAGACGAGUUAUAUUAGGCUGUUCGCGCCCUCUGCGGCUUGUCUCUAUAGAUACUCGAGGUGCUUCGCUGUAAAUGUGGAUAACCUGCCGUUUCAAAUCAGCAUCAAUAGAAUAUUUAUGGUUUACUGGUCGGAAAGAAUCUCGUAACGAUAUCACCCAGAUGUAGCUUAAAUCAGAGAAUAUGCACC